AGAAUAUGAGACAUUAUUAAUAAAAAAAAAUGAUAAGCUAUGAGUCUAUCAGGUAGGUGCCAACCGACAACGCUUGAAUAAUAGUUGGGUCUGCUGGUACUUGAUUCUAUUCUGUCAUAGGUGCUUGACUGUAACAGUAAAACCGUUAACCUCCUACGCCGCCGCCUGAUGAUGAUCUUCUUAUCCUUCCUAAAUAAAUCAACUCUCUGUACACCUUAAAACUUUACACCCUUCUUCUUCUUCUUCCUACUGAGGCCCUCUGCUGUUUAAAGGAUGGGAAAUCCUGGAAAGAAGGUUUUGCUUACAUCCAAUGGUGACAAUAUCUGCAACAAUAUUGCCUACCAAUUAGCUCAGCGUGGCUGCCAAUUAGUCUUAGUGGGGGACGACAAGAGGUUGAAGAGUGUAGCUGAGAUGAUAAGGCAAUCUCUUGAAGGCAAUGUUGUGGUGGAAGUAGUUGGCUUGAAUAUGGAGGAUGAUCAAGAGACAGUAUUUGAUGAAGCGGUUGACAAGGCUUGGAAGCUUUUGGGCUAUUUAGAUGCUUUAGUGCAUUGCUAUUCGUAUGAAGGGAAGAUGCAAGAACAUCUUCAGUUAAACGAAGAUGAGUUCAAAAAGAUUGUUAAGAUUAAUUUCAUGGCUGCUUGGUAUUUGUUGAAAUCUGUGGGUAAACGAUUACGUGAUAGACAAGCCGGGGGAUCUAUUGUUUUUUUAUCCACAAUUAUUGGUGCGGAAAGAGGGUUAUAUCAAGGAGCUGCUGCAUAUGGUUCUUGUUUGGCAGGAAUACAGCAGCUGGUUAGGAUGUCAGCAUUGGAGAUAGGGAAGCACAAAAUUAGGGUGAACGGGAUUUCUCGAGGAUUGCAUGUGAAUGAUGAGUAUCCCCUAUCAGUAGGGAAGGAGAGGGCAGAAAAGCUAGUGAAGGACGCGGUGCCUCUGAACAGAUGGCUGGACGUGAAAAAAGAUUUGGCAUCUACUGUCAUCUACCUCAUCAGUGAUGACUCUCGUUACAUGACUGGGACCAAUAUCUUUGUUGAUGGUGCCCAAUCUCUAGUAAGACCUCGUAUGAGAUCAUACAUGUGAUGUUAUUAUGUAUUGUCAUGUAUCUACAUAUUUCUACUUGCCAAUGGCGGCAACAACAUCAUCAACAACCAUAAAAUAAUUGUCUCUUUAACAAAUGCACACUACUAGUCUAUUCAUAUAUACUUCUCCGUGUGUCUGAAUUCUAUUGUGUUUUCUAGUCUAAUUUUCCCGUUUAUUCUUCAAGCAUGGCUUUGAACCUUAAACAAAGGCUCAUAUAGUCUUAUGAGAGAGCUUGAUUAUAGGCUAAUUUGGCUUGUUAUAGCUAAUCGUUUUGAGCUUGGUGUGUACAAUGGGUUCUAUUUA